AUGGAGCGCUCUGCCAGCGGCGGCUAUCCCCAGCCGCUUUCUUCCCCUCCGCCUGUUUACCUUCGUUCUUCUCCCCCCAUUCCCCCGGUGCCCCGUGAACCCCGCCGGGACAGCUUCAAUCGCUUAUACAGCAAGCCUAUUCUCAGGAAAUCUCUGACAGAUCCGGUGUCCAUGCCGGAAGAUCGCCCCGAAAGCCAACGGUAUUCGGUUCCACGGGUCAGAAUCCAUGGAGAAAGCGAUCAGCCAGUGCCGGAGUUUCAUGAGGAUGGUUUUGAAAUGACGCUUCCCACUGAUGAAUUCGCCCAAAUAUCCCUCUCUGAGCAGCAGCAGACUCAUGGAAAGACCAUCGACGCAUCAUCCCCACCGGGGGUGGAAAUCUUCAAAGCCGGCCAGCUACCAGAGAAUGCGGCUUACGGACACACGCCUCGUAGCAGUGCCUCUUGGUCAGUAGUCGAUCCUCACACAAAACAUGAUAGUCUCGCCAAUACUAGCACGUCUUCCUUGGACCAACGACCUGCCAAGGACAGUCAGACCAGCUCUUCCCGAGAUAGUCUCGACAGCGCAACGCAAGCCUCCGAAAUCUACGAACCUUUGCACUACCAUCAUCGACCGUACGAAGCUCCCCAGCCUGCAAACCGACAAUCACCAGCAAGUGGCUCAUCCGAGAAUCUGCCGAAGCCACGCCCAGCCGCCAAUCGUCGCUCGCUUUCGACACACUCGCUCGGCUCCGACCUGGGUGAAAGACGGAGAUCUUCUCGGCUCUCCCCAUACCUUCACGCCCGUGCACCAUCCCGUGAAUCCAGUGUAUCUCCUGAUGUCCGACCAGUAUCCUUCGUUGAACAGCUUAACAGCUGCUAUCCGCAACCCGGACCUGCCCCUGUUCAGAUUGACAACUCCCAUCUGCAAUCUGCUGUCGGCAAUAACGCAUCGCUGCUGAGCCACAAGCAAACGUUCGACAUGUAUCUGGCAAAUGUCAAGAAGACUGAUGACCCCGCCAUCCAGUAUGAGUUUGCCAUCUUUAUGGUGAAUGCAAUGUUGGAAAUGCCUCCCGAUGAGGUCGACGGUGCAUCCGCAGUGUAUGGCCGGAAGGGAAGCGACAUUAACCGUGCUAGCCUUCUACGAGAGUCCAAAUCCAUCCUCCAGCGCCUGGCUGAUCGUAGCUAUCCCUUUGCUCAAUACUAUCUGGCUGACGGAUAUGCUUCGGGGUUGUUCAGCAAAGGGAAAGAGGACUAUGACCGAGCGUUUCCACUGUUUCUAGCAGCCAGUAAACACGGACAUGUCGAAGCAUGCUACCGGACUGCUUUGUGCUAUGAGUUUGGCUGGGGUACCCGAGUUGAAGCCGCCCGGGCACAGCAGUUCUACCGCCAGGCAGCAUCCAAAAACCACCCCGGCGCGAUGCUACGUAUGGCGAAGGCCUGUCUGGAGGGCGACAUGGGGCUCGGAAAGCGCUAUCGCGAAGGCAUCAAGUGGAUGAAACGCGCUACAGAUUCAUCCGAUGCUCAGUAUAACUCUGCUCCUUACGAAUUAGGAUUAAUGCAUGAAACGGGAUAUGGCGAUGACGUAUUUCCAGACCCUGCUUAUGCUGCCCAGCUGUUCACUAAAGCAGCGGACUUAGGCCACAUUGAGGCCAGCUAUCGCUUGGGCGAUGCCUACGAACACGGCAAACUCGAAUGCCCCAGAGACCCUGCUUUGUCGAUCCAUUUCUAUACCAACGCUGCACAGGGUGGCCACCCUCUGGCCAUGAUGGCACUGUGUGCUUGGUACCUCAUCGGAGCAGAGCCGGUGCUUGAAAAGGAUGAAUAUGAAGCCUACGAAUGGGCUAAACGUGCCGCGGAGACUGGGCUCACCAAGGCGCAAUAUGCGGUUGGAUACUUUACGGAAACAGGAAUUGGCUGUCGGCCAGACCACCUAGCAGCCAACGUUUGGUACGUGCAAGCAGCGGACCAAGGCGACAUCCGAGCUAAGCGCCGAAUUGCCGCCAUUCGAGCAGCUGUCGACGGGGUUAAUCCCGGGAAGGCCAGUGCAGCAGCUGCGGGCACUGGCCGCGGGCAGAAGGAAAAGAAAGACGGGAAAUCGAAACGAUUUGGUAUAUUUUAA